AUGCAACACGAACAGCAUUUGGGCGGGAAAUGCUGCUGCGACCAGUGUGGCGCGCAGCACAGGAAUCACCCUCCAGACAGGACCGCAAGGAACAAGAGCUCUAUAGCCUCAUCCCGAAACACCCGUAGUCUGCAUCCAGCUCGGUUUUCGACAUCACAGCAACGCAAGAAACACUUGCUCAUCGACAAGCUCUCAUCUCCUCCGACUGAAGUAAUUCCUGCAGAUCAGCGAGUAUCCGGUCCCACGCCUGUCAACUUCUUCCCUGUUCCUCGCGAUUCAGCAGUCGCAAAUUCUAUUCAGUACUAUUUUGAAGUCUUUAGCUUCGCCAUCCACGCUCACAAGUCAGACGCUCCCGAUGGCUGGCAAGACAGAUCCGGCUUUCAGGAAAUGUUGCAGGAAGCUAUGAGUGAUCCGAUGUGGUACUGCGCCAACGUGGCCUUCGCUGAAGGCAUGAAAGAUCGAACCCUAUACGAUUCGCGCAAGAAGACCGACAUCAUCCUCAAAUAUCAGCACAUGGCACUCCUCGAACUCCGUCGCCGACUGCUCGCUGACAAGGACACAGAGGUCCUUCUAUGGACCAUCACCAUCCUCAUGGCCCUCGACGUCACCUUCGGCUCUUACGAGUCGUGGAAAGCACAUUUCGAAGGCCUAGACCGCAUCAUAUCCAUGCGUGGCGGGCUCGAGUCCCUAAACGGCAACAUGUACCUGAAGACCAAGGUCAUCGGUUUCAACACCUUUUGGCUGUAUAAGCAGGUGGUCAUGGCCACGGUCCAGGAUACGUCGGUCUAUCCAAAGCACCCGUUUCCUGCCGAAGUAUGCAUUGCCAUCUCCAAACUUCCUCGUGAACUGGGUGAUCUUGCCUUGGACGGCUGCUUCAACUGUCCCCUCAUCUCGUUGGCGGCAGAUGUUUGUGCUCUUUCGAAGAAAUUCCAGCUCGACCGAGAAAAGAAAUCCGAAGAUCUUCGCCGAUUGAAGGUUCUGGGCUACGAGUUGGAGGAGUUGCUGAAAGGCACAGGCUUGAAACAUCUGGAGCAGCUCGUUGCUGCCGCCUUAGUCGAUUAUUGCGUGUCUAUGGAUACCGAUCGUGGCUUGCACUGGCUGCUCACGGGCGCCCUAAGGAUGAGAAUAUCGCACAUUUGGUGUAAAGGUGUCACUUAUAACAAGAAACAUGCAAGGGCUUAUGUCUGGUCGGCCAGCAUGUUGACAGCCUGCGGUGAGACCUCCUCGCUGACCUUCAAGCUUGGCUCAAAAGUCCUGGACCUUUGUGCGGAGCGCGAGACCCUAGACAGGGCUUAUGUCCUUGACAUAUGCCGCCAGUAUAUCUGGGACGAAUCCCUGACGACCAAGCUGGAUUCAAAGCUGGACUUCGACAGCACCCCUUCCGAUCGGCCCAAGUCAUUAUCGAAGUCUCCAUCCCCCAUGGUCACACUGCCGCCCCGGGAGGGACUCGAGUGGCUCCUAGCCAAGUGA